AUGAUAGAAUAUGCUUUCAAUCAUACCAGUCACGGCAGUCAAUUGCGACAGGUGAUUGCGGAGGUGUGGGUAGAGAAUGCAGGACGAGUGAGAAAUUCUGACAAUUUGAUUCAUAAACUGCCAAAGGAAUUCUUGCAAGAUUUGUGCUUCAUCUUUCUACAAAAGACGCGUGAGAAGGAAGCAAAUAAAACAUUGGACGUGCCGAAGGAGAGCACGAAGGAAGAUGUGAAGGCGACGGAGGAAGGAGAUCUGCAGGAGCCAAAGAAUGUCAACUUGAAGGAAGAGAAGAAGCCGACAGAAAAAAGGCCAAACGAGGAAAAGUUACGGGAGAAAAAAUACGGAGAGGAAAUUCCAAUGGAGUACGGAAAGAAGGAGUUGAAGGGUGAGGAAAUCCUAGAAGAGCAUGAGCGACUGAGGGAGCAAAAGUUGAACGAGAAACCAUCGAAGGAGAAGAAGGGGAAGGAAGACAAAAAAGCGAAGGAAAAAGACUUCCAGUUGGCAACUCCCAUAUCGCCUCAUGUAAGUAUUGACCAGGCGGAGAAGAUUCCUGUGAUGGAAGAAACAGUCCCCACUGUGCCGGUGACCGAGGCCAGUGAACAGAGGAGUGACGUUUCUGUUGUGCGUAAUGGAGAUGGUAUCAGAGAUGAAGAAAUUGCGUUUAUAUCUCCCCAGGAACUGCCUUCUGAUGCGAACAAGCAGAUAGCCGACUUGUCGAAUGGUGCCAUGUCCCCAAAAACAAGUAAGAAAAAGAAGCAGAAGAAGAACAAAGCGACUUUGAAUGGUACCCCUGUGUCUGCAACGUCUCCCAUACCACAGGAAAACUCACUCAUCGAAACGGGCGGUGAUGACGACGAGGUGUCAGUUAACAAUGUGGUGUCACCGGCUGUAAAUGGAAAGAGGUAUCAACAAGGUCCCAUGGCCGACUCUGAACAAGCCUGGUUGCCUCGUGAGUGGACAGGAGCGGAAGCCACACACGGUGAUUAUAGUUCUCCAGUCAAUGAUGGCUUGGCCUCAUCGAAAGCCUCUUCAUUACAAAACAACUCUAAACACAAGAACAAGAACUCGUACUCUUUCCAGAAUAGUCACUCACCUUUUCCUCCCAAAGGCCCGCGAGCGGAUAUUAGCCGACAGAAUAGUUCUUCGUCAUCCUUCCAAGGAUUCGGAAACAAUGUAAGAUACCACAAUGACGGCCACCAGAAAAAGCCACACGGCGAGAAAGGUCACAUGGGAAGAAGUAACCGUUCUCGUCCCGUUUAUUCUCCUGGGAAUGAUCCUCGGAACGAAAGAAAGCAGAAGACAACCUCGUUUCUCGACCCUGCUCUUCAGUCAUCCUUGCAACAGAUUCGGAAAUCGGAUCAGAAAGGUACAGACUUCAAAAAAGGAAAGGCAAGAAAUUAG